AUGGUGGUAGCUGAACUUCUACAAUGGGAUGCUCCGAUUGCCGUCAUUCUUCUGGUCCUACUGACAAGAUUUAACGAUCGCUUGACCCACAAACAGGACUACGACUACGUGGAGAUCUUCGCUGGAGCCGGGGAGGUAAGUGCAAAGCUCCGGGAGGAAGGCUUACGGGGUGCUCCCAUCGACAUCCUGCUUAACCCCAUGCUCUUCGACCUCACCACUGAAGCAGGUUUCAUUUUGGCAUUGAAUGCUGUGCUUCGUAUACGACCUGGAGGGGUGCUGCUUAUUGCUAUGUGUUGCGAAAGCUUCUCGGUCAUGCGCCCUAGCUAG